AUGAGCAGAAGCGCCGGCACGUCCGAAGCCAUUCGAUUGGCGCAGGCGUCCGACUGGAAGGGUCUGCAGCGACUGCUGGAGCGCGAUCCGACUGCAGCUACGCACUGUGGGGACCACGGGAUGCUGCCGCUCCACUGGGUCUGCACCGUGCGCCACGUGCCGCUGUCGCUCCUUGCGAAGCUGCUACAGGCGCACCCCGCGGGCGUCCAGACGAAGAACGACGGCCACUUGUUGCCGCUCCAGAUCGCUAUCCGCACAGGCGUUCCCGCUGCGUGUCUUCGCAAGUUGGUACGGGCGUACCCAGAGGCGGUGAGCGAGCGGAUGCCGGACGGAUCGACGGCGCUGGAGAUGGCCGAAGCCAAUGGACUCGAAGCGGAUAAGCUGAAGGUGCUCUACCGAGCGCGCGACCGGAGCAGUAGUGCUCAGCAAGUGCAGCAGCCGACUGAAGCUGGGGACGACAGCGACGUGAAGGAGCGCGAGAGCGACUUGGGGCGAGUGAUGAGCGGUGGACAGGAGGAGGAGGAGGAAGAACAAGAAGGAGAAGAAGAAGAAGUGUCCCGUGUGGCACGAGGGACUGACGAAGGGGACGACAGGGAGGGGAACGACUGGACCGAUGGUGCGGGACCGGACCCGUUCGUGGGGAACGUCAGCUUUGACGGGUUUCUGGAUGACGGGGACGACGACGGAGAGUCGGAUAUGGCCGAGGAGAGGUCGACUCUGGAGCCGGGAGACAGUGUCAGUAUGAUGAGUGAACAGUCAUUGAGCGACAUGGACGCACUGGACGAGGCGCCACCUGAUCAGCUGGUGUCGCCUUCGUCGAUCAGCGUGGGCAGUCGAGACGAUCUGGGGACUUCUCAUAGCCCUCGCUCCUCGUGUGAUGCCACGCAGGGUACUCGUCGUGGGCUGUCGUCACGAGGCUUUCAGGACUGGACCCAGCAGCCAUCGCGCUUGCAGCAGCGGCACACGACCUCGUCGUUGGCUGGCCAGCUACGUGGCAAUGGCGCAGUCACGGAGCGUGGGCAGCGCAUCAUCGCCUUAGCGAUGGCAGUCAACGGGGAUGGGCGCAACACGCGAGCAGAAGAGGACGAAGCAGCACCGCGUCGGGGCCACGGUCGGCACUCGUCGCUCCCUGUCAUGCUCCAUCACGAAUAUGCCCGACAGAACGCAUGCGCUGGCUUCCACGACGAGGCAGAUGACAUUGACGAACUUGUUGUUGGCAAAGACAACGGGUCUCCUCGUGACAGUAUCAGCCCAGGAGGAGGUGUCGUCUGUGCUCAAGUGAACCUGCACGACCGGCUUUUUCACUCUGUCCGCGACUUCCCUCGACGAUCCAUCACGCGUACUGGAUCGCAGAGAAGCUCGCCACCGUUCUUCCGAUCGUCACGCGGUCGUGCAUCCCACGAGUCGAACAUUGAUCAGCGUCACGCGGACCUUCGACCGGAGUGGAAGCAUGACGAUGAGUGCUCGAUCUGUCGUGCCAGCUUUGGCAUGUUCAAGCACCGCCACCACUGCCGCAAUUGUGGCAAAUCCAUCUGCAGUCAACACAGCGCCGACAAGAAGAUAUCAAUCGAAGCCAAGGGCUUCACUGUCCCGCAGCGUGUGUGUGUCACUUGCUACGCAAUGAUCGCCCACAGCCGGUCACGUAAGCACGACCUCGAGGUCGCCGAGAACGACCGAGACGACUCGGUACAUGGUCCGUGUUCACAUCAGCACGUUGCAUUGGGAGCUGGUGACGACGACCGCAACGGCGUUCGAAGUGAAGCCCCGUUUCCGUCUGCAACAGCUCCGGUACCUGGUCGAGGGUUUGCCCGCGAAGGUUCACAGAGCCCUACUGUGAGCAAUGGAAGUCUCGAUGCCUCUCCUGUCACUGGCAGUCAAUGGAGCUUUCCAAAGUCAGGUGUCCUCGCUGCAGGUGAAGCGACGGAUGGAGCUAGCGAACGGGUUACUCCAUUGACUCACGCACAUCGACUGAAUGGAUCGUCACCGCUGUCCGCCUCAUCGUUUUCUUCGUCAUCCGCUGUCCACGAGCUGCGCGGUUUGCUGGCGUCGCAACAGAAGCAGAUCCAGCAGCUCGCGCAGAGCAACUUGCGGAUGCAGCAGCAGCUGCUCGAACGAGACCACUUCAAGACCGAGACAAUGCAAUUCAUCAACCAGCUCAUGACCCGCGUAGCGAUACUGGAGUUGCAGACCGAGUGCAGUCUUCGGAUGCACAAACGUCGCAGUGCUGAAACGGGCGAAAGCGAAGACGACGAGGAGUUUCCGCACGACGAGGCCGGGCAAUGA